AUGGAUCGACUCCAUCAAGUUCGUGAUCUGCGACCGAGGAGAAACAAUCAACGACAACGUGCACCUUUGCUAGACCCUGCAGCGGAAUAUUAUGAGGAGUCUCAUGAUAAUGAUGGAGAUGCGGUUUCCUUGGUCACUAUACCGAGAAAUCGUGGAGGAAGGGAUGAGGUGCCACGACAAGUCCGAAGAGAACAUCGUGAAAGGAACGGUGUAGAUCGAAAUUUGGGGUCCAUCAAACUAUCUAUCCCGCCUUUCCAAGGUAAAAAUGACCCUGAUGUCUACAUUGAGUGGGAAAGAAGGGUGGAGUUAGUCUUCGAUUGUCAUAACUAUUCUGAAGAGAAGAAGGUAAAACUUGCUGCUGUAGCAUUUACAGAUUAUGCUAUUGUUUGGUGGGAUCAACUAACCUUGUGUAGAAGGUUUGUGCCUUCUCAUUAUUAUCGGGAUUUACACUUGCGGUUGCAAAGUCUUAAACAGGGAAAUAAGACAGUUGAGGAGUAUCAUAAAGAGAUGGAGAUCGCUAUGAUCCGUGCUAACAUCGAAGAGGACCGAGAGGCAACCAUGGCUCGAUUCGUCAAUGGCCUUAAUCGAGAGAUUAGAAAUGUAGUGGAGUUACACCAUUACGUAGAGCUCGAGGAAGUGGUGCAUAUGGCAAUGAAAAUAGAAAGACAACUCAAAAGGGGUCGGACAUCUUCACGAUUUGAAGGGACUAGCUCGAGUUCGAGGUGGAAUACUAAACUCGAGGGGAAUAGUUCAAGAUGGAACUCAAGGUCAAAGCACGAUGAGAAAUCACCUUUUAAAGCAAGAGGAGACAAAGUCGCUGCCAAAUCAUCGUUUGACUCGACAGAGAAGGGUCAUAUUGCUUCUCAGUGUCCCAACAAGAGAACUAUGAUUAUGUUAGAGAAUGGGGAUAUUGAAACUGAUGCAGAAGAAGACAACGACUCCAUGCCAUCACUUGAAGAUGUUGAUGAGGUAGAACAUGCUGUCACGGGGCAAGCCCUUAUUGUUUUGAGAGCUUUACAUGUGCAAGCUAAGGAGGAUGGGGAUGAACUACAAAGGGAGAAUAUCUUUUAUACUCGAUGUCAUGUGAAAGAUCGGGUAUGUGGAUUGAUUAUAGAUGGAGGAAGUUGUGUGAAUGUGGCUAGUUCUUUGAUGGUGCAAAAGCUUGGUUUGCGCACCAAAAAGCAUCCGAGGCCAUACCGACUUCAGUGGUUGAAUGAAAGUGGUGACUUGAAAGUAACCAGACAGGAAUUUAAUGACGUGUUUCCCGAAGAGAUGCCACCAGGAUUACCACCAAUACGAGGGAUUGAGCAUCAGAUUGAUUUCAUACCAGGAACACCAAUCCCGAAUCGACCAGCAUAUAGGAGCAAUCCGAAAGAAUUCAAUGAGUUGCAAAAGCAAAUCGGUGAGUUACUCAACAAAGGUUAUAUUCGAGAAAGUAUGAGUCCAUGUGCUGUGCCCGUAUUGUUAGUACCUAAGAAAGAUGGUACUUGGAGACUAUGUGUUGAUUGUAGGGCUGUGAAUAAGAUAACGAUAAACUAUCGUUACUCUAUUCCUCGUUUAGAUGACAUGCUUGAUGAAUUGCAUGGUUCAACAAUAUUUUCUAAGAUUGAUUUGAAAAGUAGGUACCAUCAAAUUCGCAUGAAAGAAGGUGACAAAUGGAAAACGACAUUUAAAACCAAAGGUGGAUUGUAUGAAUGGUUAGUAAUGCCAUUUGGUUUAUCGAAUGCACCUAGCACUUUUAUGCACCUUAUGAACCAUGUCUUGCGUGCUUUCAUUGGAAAAUUUGUUGUUGUAUACUUUGAUGACAUUCUGAUCUAUAGCAGAAGUGAGCAUGAUCAUUUGAGUCACUUAAGAUGUGUUCUUGAAGUGCUGAGACAAGAGAAAUUAUAUGCUAACCUUAAGAAGUGCAACUUUUUCUUGGAUAGCGUUGUGUUUCUUGGUUUUGUUGUCAGUUCUAAGGGAGUAGAAGUGGAUGGUGAAAAGGAUUUUAUCGUCGAUUUGUGA